AGCUGACUACCUUUGAUGAUUUACAUUGGAGAUGAUGAUGAUCAUUUCAGAUUAAUAGAUUAAAGCCAUCUAUCUGCAGGAUAGGAUGAAUGGACAUACUAUAAGUAAUUAUGUUUGAUAAACAGACUUUUAUGUUAUCUUCAUCAUCCUUUUGGAAUCUUCCAGGCAAAUACUAUUCAACCGCUAGGUCAGAUUCUUCUCAAAAUGUGGAGGUUGAAUGGCUUAUAUGGUCACUGCCUUUCUGGUGGGUGGGUGGUUGUUAUUGAGAAACAGGAAGUGUUGAUGUUUCUGUGGAAGUGAAAGAAGUCACAAAUAGAGUCUGCAGGCAGUAAAGGAGAAGUUAAAUAUCUCUAAGAUACAUUUAUUCUUUCUUUCUUUCCUAGUUUUGUGAUCUGACCAAGAAACACAUGAAGUGCUGAGACUUUAACGUACCACUGCUCGGUCAAUCAUUAAAAGGACAGCAUGAAGCUCAGUCCACUCCCUGUGAUGCUCUUGUCUCUUAUACCAGUGGCCCAUGUUCAAGGGAGUGCUAAAGCUGUGCUGUCCAUAAAGCCUGAUACACUUGUGUUCAGUGGAGAACAUGUUACUCUCAGUUGUGAUGUACAAGGAGGAGCAGGUGCUCAGACAACAUACAGCUGGUAUAAGAAUAAUACCAAACUCAUAAAGAUUGGACGUGAUUUAUUAAUCACAGGGAUUGGAUACUCUGACAAUGGUUCUUACACCUGCAGAGGAAAUUAUUCAGAGCUGAGUAAUGCUGUUGUAGUGAUUGUAUCAGAUAAACCCAAACCGACUAUGAGAGUGAAUCCUCAGAGCUCCGUCUACACUGGAGACACGGUCACUCUGAGCUGUGAGCUGCAGCACAUGACUGGAUGGGAGUUUAAAUGGUACAAAAAUAAGCAGUAUUUACAGCAUUUGAACACUAAACAUGAAUCCACCAACAUACUCCAUGUGACAGAUAAUAAUGCAGGAGAAACAGUGUACGAGUGUAUAGGAAACAGGUCGAACACAUUGGCACGCACACUCUACUACACAGAGCACAGUGAUCAAGUCAGGAUUAUUUUCAAAGAGAGACCAUCAGUACUGAGUGUAUCUCCACAGAACUGGCUGACUGAAGGAGACUCAGUGACUCUAAGCUGUGAGGUUACAAACUCCUCUACAGACUGGACAUUCAGCUUGUACACAGUUGUUCCUUUUAGAGAUGGUGUAACUCAAAUAAAUAAUACUCACAAUUCUAUCAUGUAUGUGGAGCUUCUCUCAGACAGCAGCAGAGGAUCUGGAGGCUCCUACACUCUCAGUCCUUCUGCUCUUCAUCACACAGGAGUUUAUGUGUGUAGAGGAGAGAGAGGAGAACCAGUCAGAUACACACUGUACAGCAAUCCACAGCCUGUAUGGAUCUCUGGUGAAUCUCCUCCAGUGUCUCUGAUCAUCAGUCCCAGCAGAACUCAACACUUUAAUGCUGGACUUAAUGAUGUGAUGUAUGCUGAGAUCCAACUAAAACCAAUGGAACAAGAGAAGAGAACACAAGGUAGAGCUAAAUGA